UGUACACACGGCUAAAAUAUGUGAUUUUAGUAUAUUUGUUUCCGUAGAAUUUAAUAAUUUAUUUAAAGGGAUCUAUUCACGGUUUGGUAAAUUGACAAAAUUGAAACAAGUUGUUUCAGAUUCGCAAAUUUUCGUUUUAGUUAUGAUAUUUGUGAGGAAACAGUAUAACUGAACAUUUACCAUAUCCACUAUAGCCAUUAUAUGUAUCUUUUGACGAUUUGAAAACCUAAAAAUUAUAAAGCGUUGCAACGCGAAACGAUUGAAUAAUUUGGAGGGUUCUGUUGUUGUCGUUUAAAUUUACGAAACUACGAAGAUUUCUUAUAUAAGGUAUAAAAUACUUAAACUGUGUAUACCCGGCGGAAUAGCCAAGAGGGCUAAUGCGUUUUUACUUCAGACUUACUCCAGGACUCCGGGGGUCACUGGUUCGAGCCCUGGGCUGCUCAUGCUGCAAUUCGGCGAAACUGUUGGGGAUUAAAGAAACAGAAACAAAUACCGGAAGACUAGCGGAGGCUGGUUCUUGCAGUGAUGGAACCUACUGCGUUGGCAACAACUGUUGUAGGAGCGACACAUCAUCGAAUGUAGGAGGUAUAGCUGGCGGAGUCGUUGGUACGAUAAUAGGUGUCAUCUUUUGGGUCUGCGUCUGUAGGUGCAUUUGUCGUCGUUGUCGCAGCAGUCCUCCGGUGGUCGUGGUGCAGGAGGCCUCUGCGACCCCUAACAUCACGGUCAUAUCUAACACAACACAGAUGGCAAGUAUUCCUCAACCUAUGCCCUACGCCCCUUAUCCCGGGCAACCGGCUCCGUAUUCAGGUCAACCCGGUCCAUAUCCAGGACAACCAGGCGGCUACCCACAACCCCCACCGCAGUACGCACCCGCGUAACGCGUCCACAGGAACGAGGCGUUUCGUUCACAGGAGUGCGGCGUUUGGAAAUCAGGCGAUUGUACAGAGAAAUUACACUACUGAAAUUUAGGAGAAUAAUAUUUGUCAUUUCAAAAACGUUUUGUAGACUAAAACAUGUUACCCUUAAAAAGAGCAAACUAUGUCUGUCAAUGUCAUGCUUAAUUGUCAAAUGAUGUGUUUCCUAUACUACUAUAUUUUGUUAACACUUCACUUUAUUAAUAUUGUUUCAUUUCAAAACUAAAUCAUUAUGUUUUUAUUUCACAAGCUAUCCUUGUGAAAUUGUGAAUGUUGGUAUAUGUUUUAAAUACAAAACAAUAUGUGCGAGUAUAUAUCAAUGUUUUAUAAUGAUAUAAUGCAAAAUUAAAAUUGAAUGUCA